AUGGCCAAACUGGAAGAGCUGGAAGAGAUAGAUAUCAGUGGAAACAAGCUGAAAGCCAUACCAACCACCAUCAUGAACUGCAGACGUAUGCACACUGUCAUCGCCCACUCCAACUGCAUAGAAGUUUUCCCUGAAGUUAUGCAGCUUUCAGAGAUCAAGUGUGUGGAUUUAGGUUGCAACGAACUGAGUGAAAUUACAUUGCCUGAAACUCUCCCUCCCAAGUUACAAGAACUGGACUUGACUGGCAAUGCACGGCUGCUGUUGGACCAUAAAACCCUGGAGCUGCUUAACAGUAACAUUCGAUAUUUUAAAGUGGAUCAGCCUUCAUGUGGAUUCUCUGCCAAUGAAGCAUCUGGAGCCCCUGCUGUUUGGAGCCAUGGAUAUGCAGAGGCCUCAGGAGUCAAGCAAAAGUUAUGUGUUGCCUCCCUUUUGGUUAACAACUUCUGUGAUAACCGAGAAGCAGUGUAUGGUGUGUUUGAUGGAGAACGCAACAUAGAAGUGCCUAGCUUGCUGCAGUGUACUAUGUGUGACAUAUUAGCUGAUGAGCUUCAGAAGACCAAGAGUGAAGAGGAGUACAUGGGAAACACCUUCCUUGUCAUGCAAAGGAAGCUGGGAACUGCCGGGCAAAAGCUAGGUGGCUCUGCUGUUCUUUGCCACAUAAAGCAUGACCCCAUGGAUCCAACCAGUUGCUUUACACUAACCUCUGCCAAUGUGGGCAAAUGCCAAACUGUGCUCUGCAGGAGUGGGAAGCCCCUCAACCUUUCCAAAUGUUACACUGUUGGCUGUGAGGAGGAGUUGAAGCGCAUGAAACAGCACAAGGCAAUUAUUACAGAGGAUGGUAAAGUAAACGGAGUGACUGACUGUACACGUAUUUUGGGAUACACAUUUCUCCAUCCUAGUGUUACUCCAAGGCCUUAUGUUCAGUCAGUUUCUUUAACACCUCAAGAUGAAUUCUUCAUUCUUGGAAGUAAGGGAUUAUGGGAUAGCAUCUCGGAGGAAGAAGCUGUUGAGACGAUACGAAAUGUGCCAGAUGCCCUGGCUGCUUCCAAGAAGUUAUGCAGCUUGGCACAGAGUUAUGGCUGCAGCGGGAGCAUAUGUGCUGUAGUUGUGCAGCUGAAUGUUGCAGAAGACUGCUUCUGCUGUUGCGAACUGAAUGGUGGAAUUCCACCACCCAGCCCUGGAAUCUUCACACCUUCUGUCAAUGUUAUUAAGGACCGUGCCCAAGACAGCUUAGGCAUGCCAUCUUCUAGCAGUGGCCUGGCUUCUGAAAUCAGCAGUGAGAUAUCCACCUCUGAGAUGAGCAGUGAAGUUGGGUCCACAGCCUCUGAUGAACCUCCUGCAGUUUCACUUCAUGAGAAUGGAGUUGGCCCAGCAGGAUGCCCGAGUGAACAGCGCUGUACAUUACAUCCUGUAUGUCUUUCUAGCGCUUUUCAGCGACAACUAUCCAGUGCCACUUUCUCCAGUGCCUUUUCAGACAAUGGUCUUGACAGUGAAGAUGAGGAACCUAUUGAAGGAGUUUUUUCCAAUGGAAGUCGAGUUGAGGUGGAAGUGGACAUUCAUUGCUCGCGAUUUAGAAAUGGUGGGCAGCCUGCACCUACCUGCACUGUCUUAGAGCCCACUGAUGAGGGCAUUGUUGUAAGCGCUAAUGAGGAUGACCUGGGAGGCUUAGUCAGGAGACAGGACUUUUCUUCCAACACUCUUGGUCGUCAGAGGAGAGGUAAUGGCUCUGUAGCACCAUCAGAGAGAAGUCAUAAUCUAAUUGAGAUUGCUGCAGAUGCACCUUUACGAAAAACGGGAGGCUAUUUUGCAGCACCAGCGCAGCCAGAUCCUGAUGAUCAGUUUAUUAUACCUCCUGAACUUGAGGAGGAAGUAAAGGAGAUUAUGAAGCAACAUCAGGAACAGCAGCAACAGCUGCAACUUCAGCAGCAUAGACAGUAUCAAAUGGACCAAUUACCAGACUACUAUGAUACACCACUAUGA